CCAUACCCAAUUUAUUACCAGUCAAAUCAUAUUUAGUAAUAUCACUUGAAGGUAAUACUAAUAAAUGACUAUUUAGUUUGAGUCUAAAUUAGACCUAUUGCAUUGGCUAAAAAAAAUGAAUAGCAACUCCAAUGUAAUUUUUGAAAAUUUUUUUUGUAUAACAAACAUAAAUGUGGAAACACCGAUAAUGAAGGUGUGAAUUGGUUUAAUGGGAAUAGCUAGAUGAUCGAUAUUUCUUUUCUGAUAUAAUUAUAUGGACUCAAAUAGAUUCAAAUUGUGGGUUCGACCCAAAUAAAUGUUUUCCUGCUCUAACUCUCUCCCCAUUCCAUAAUUAGUAAAUUAAAGUAAUUCGGCCAACGGGCCGGAUCAAAGCUAGUGAUUAUAUAAUGAUUAACCAAUGAACUAUAAACCAAUAACUUUUUCGAUUCAACUUCGAUUCAACAUCCGAUCUAAUUAUGAAAAUACAGGUAACAAACUAUUAGCAGCCCUCUUAAAAAAAAUUCUCUUUCCGGUCAAAUGGUCUAGAACUAGAAUACCAGUUUUUGGAAGGGUAUUGGGGUUUUGCGUUAAUUUCGGCAAAGAGUCGUUAAAAAAAGGUAGAAGUUUUUUUUUUUAAAUGGAAAAGAUAAAAGAGUAAAAUAAGAGAUUGUGAAAGGAGCAAGUUGCGAGAUUGAGGGUGGUUCGUAUAAUAACUACCGCCAGUUCCGGUGCAUGGCCUUUUGGCGUUUGAAGAUUUCAGUUGUCUACUUUUCUUCCAGUUUUGAGGAAAGGGGCAAACUGCAAAGGUAGAGGAGGCUGAAGAAGACAUUUGCGACAACCGCCAUGUUCCAUCGUACGUACGUGAAUUUGGCUCAAACCUGAAUCGUGGAUAAAGAAGGAAGUUGAGAGGGAGAAGAAAAAAACUAUAGUUAAGAUAGAAAAAAGAAACAAAGAGAUCGACUGAAGGGAUGACGGACGCGAUAUUGGAUCAGCUUGGCUCGGAGUUGGUGAUGCAGGAGGUGAUCGCCAAACAACAGACGCCGUUGCCGCCUCCCAUCGCCGCCGACGCUAGCUACGUGGAUCAUGACAUCAACCUCGCCGCCUCCUCCGACAUGUCUUCCAACUCCUCCGACUCCGAGAUCGACAACUACAUCAUCAUGUCUCAAUCCGCCGUUGGCAAGCAUCGCCUCUUCGGCCGCCAGAAGCCUCUCCACGUCGUCCUCGGCGCCGGCAAACGUGCGGACCUAAUACUGUGGAGAAACAAGCAGUUGUCGGGAAGCAUAUUCGGCGGCGUUACCUUCGUAUGGCUGUGCUUCGAAUGGACAGGGUAUCAUUUGGUUACCUUUCUUUGCCACUCCCUCAUCCUAAUCCUCGCCACACUCUUCCUCAGCGCCAAUCUAGCGGCCUUCAUCAAUGUGUCGCCUAUUGAAUUCCCUAGGGUUGAUGUGUCAGAGCGCUUCCUGACCUCGACUCUGCUCACGCUCGGGGCUCAACUCAACUGUGUGGUUACAACUUUCCGGGAUGUUGCCUCCGGAAGGGACUUGAAGAAGUUCGUCAAGGUGAUUGUGUCGCUGUGGCUUCUCUCUGUAAUCGGCAGCUGGUUCAGUUUCCUGACUCUGUUUUACCUUGUGUUCGCGACGGUGUUAACAGUGCCACUACUUUACGAGAAGAAUGAGGAUGCUGUCGAUUCGUAUGCCGAAAAGGCAUGGGUAGAAAUUAAGAAGCAGUAUGCAGUUCUGGAUGAGAAGUACCUACACAAAUUCCCAAUACUAUCUUCCAUCAAGGCACAUAAGCAGCAUUAAGCCUCUUCUACUGCCCACUCCAGGGUGAAGCUAGCUAGUAACUUUUUUACUUCUCAAUCUCUUGUGUUGCUUGUAAUCCACGUUACAAGAAACAUACCAGCUCUUGCACCCUCAUUUACUUCUGUUAUGAGUUAGAUGAAUUUCUACCGAAAACCCGUUUAGUUGUUGUUACUGCUUUGUAAUCGUAAUCCUAGUGCGUGGGAUACUUCUAGUUGUGUUUUCUUUUACACCUUAAAACAGUAUAU